GAAGAAUAGUUCAUGAUAUCAGCCCAGCACUCUUUACUAAAUAAUGUCAACACAGAUUGAUAGUCGACCUCGAAAAUAAUAGUAUUCCUCAGGCACUAACAAGGUAUGCGUUAAGUAGUUUCAUAAUAGAUCAAAGUGGCCACCGCCUCGGGCCACAAACCAUCACAAAUAUUCUAGCUGAGAACCCGGCAGCAGCCUCCAGGUUUCCAAAUUCUAUGCCAUCAAUGACAGGCUCACCCUCAGCUGAAAAUGGAGGUUCUCGGUUCACCUUUGUCCUUAACGGGCACCAUUCUGGGACACGGAACCAUGCCAUGCGUGCUCACUGGGCCGAACGACAGAAAGCCAGAAAGGAGAAAAAGCGGCAACAGACUAGGCGGAGAGCGCUCCCAAUUCUUGCAAAGGAGGGACUUGUGAGCUCAGCAUCGUCUUCUGAAUCGCAAGGCACAAAUGCAUUCGCUGUCACCGUGCAAGAAAGUCCAGCAACAGAACAAGUCGCAGACGUGGACAAUGUCGAGACCGGACAGUCUGGAAUACCAGGGGUCCCUGCUCAGCUUCUUACCGGAGUCAACCAUGCCUUGGCAUCUACACGACUUGAUCCCUUUGAUUCGUUUCCAAUUAGGCUCACAGGCCAACACCACAAGCUAAUCCAUCACUGGUUGAGCACACACGCUACUAUGAUGUUUGAAAAUAUGCCGGCAUCCAAUUUUAAUCCCAUGAGGGACGUCUGGUUUCCCCUUGAUCUCUCGAAUCCUGCAUCGUUCAAUGCUAUCAUGGCACAUUCCGCAGCGCAUUUGGCCCAUUACUAUGGGGGAAUGACCCCGACUCGAGGGACAAAUUCCCCCGAAGCCUUGAAAUUCAAGGCAAAUGCCGUUCAAAUUUUGAAUCACUGGCUAAAUGACUCCGAAAAGGCAUUGAGCAAUGAUGCAUUCGCAGCUGUUGUCCGGCUUUUGACGUUUGAAAGAUAUUGGGGAACAGAAGAAGAAUGGAAGAUCCAUCGGAAUGGCCUCCAAAAGAUGAUUUAUGCUAGAGGGGGUCUCCAUCAACUACGUAGCGACUGGAGACUGGAACUGGUCGUUGGUCUUGUUUCCUUCAUGUCCAAGCCGUCAUGGUUUGAGUCUACAAAUGAUCUUUCGGAAAUUUCAGAGCAUAGCAUUAGACGAAGCAUACUAGGGAGCUCCAUUGAUUUGCACAAAAUGCGCUGUCUAUGGCUGAUUUCUUUCAUCCAGGAUAUGCGCAAUCUGAUGGGUAUGUCAUCACAAUUGUACAUGGGCGGACUGUCCGUCUAUCCCUCGUUAUAUGAUGCAGUCCUCUUCAUUCGGAAUGACUUUCAAGUUGAGAGUCAAACAUUCAAAACCAAACAUCACGAAUCCAAUUAUGACAGACUAGCAUGUCUGUUCGCGAUUACUAUCAUGGUACAAGAAUCGAUUUCUUUGGCCUAUUCUGCCCAGAGCAAUGGAUUGGCAAUUCUGGACAUCUCGCUCCAGACAUACCGACAUGCCUGGGAGAGCUCAGUUCAUUUGUUGCGACCCUUUCUUCACAAUCACUUUGCGAAUUAUUAUCCAAACGGUGAACUGAAGAUAGACUAUGUCAUACAAAUGACGGAUAUCGUCGGUCACCUCAGCCUGGAGGCACAUCAGGGAAUUGAGAAAUGUCUCCUUAAUAUGCUCUGUCGAACAUGGGACGGGAAACUGCCAUUUUUCUUAGAUGACGGAGGGACUCCGGAUUCACUGCUGUCCACUGUGCGUGGAUACUGAUUUCUUUUUAUACUGGCCCAAGAAGAGAGAAAAUCAACGGCUGUGGGAACUUCUUUUGCUAAGAGAUUCUGGCCUCAAUACAAGAGAUAUCAUGAUUCAAUCAUCUUCUAAGCUAGCAAGCACGCUGGCAGAUGGCGCAAAGAAAGUUGUACCUGUCAGUGGCCUGGAGAAAUCGAGUAUACGAUCAUGCAGCCCAGGAGGAUUUCCCACAAACAUGCGCUGCAUCAUCCGUUCAAUA